AGGAGGAAAUUUAGGGAGUCUAAAUGUACUGAUAAAGAAUCUUAUGUGCAACUUUUAGUCCGAAUGGAGCAAUAUUUAGAAAGAUGGAUUUCUCUUAGUAGUGUUCGUAAAAGUUAUGAUUCUCUUUUUGAUUUUAUGAUUAGGGAACAGUUUCUUUGUAGUUGUAAUUCUGAUUUACGUGUUUUUCUCAAAGAACGCGAAUUUUCCAGCGCAACUGAGAUGGCCGAAGCAGCUGACAGGUAUAGAAGUGCUCAUUUGUAUCGCGGCAAAGCACUGAAGUUUCCUCAGCAUAAACCUUUCAGCCAGUCUAAGGAUACGAGAACUAAUGAUGAAAUUGUUUGUCAUGCUUGUGGUAAAAACGGACAUAUCAAACCAAACUGCCCUGAUAAUCCAAGGAAUUUCAGAGGUGUGAAGAUCCCGAACCAAUCCUGUCCUGAAGACCCAAGUCCUGCUACUUCCGAUGUGGCUACCUUAACAUCCUGCGUUAGUCCUGACCCCUGUAAACCCCCUGAAGAUCCUGACCUCUGUGACCUACCUAAGCCACCUUCCUGUGACCUAACCAAUUUCCCUGACAAGCCUACAUUUCCCUUUUACACUGGAAGUAAGCAGCCUUUUUGUUGUGCAUGUGAUACCUGGGGACCUAAAACCAAGAACUGCAGUGCUUAUGCGUUGCGCCCCUUCUUUAUCAAGCAGUAUUUCAAGUGCUUGUCAUCCAUGUGAUUGUUGUUAACCAAAC